GGUCUCAUCAGUGAAUGAACUGAAUCAAGCACAAGCCACACAGAUAGUAAGAGCCUCUUUCUGCUGUGCAGGAUCGCCAGACGAACAGACACCUUUACUUUGCAUCGCAAGCGAAGGAACUGGAGCUCUCUCUCUGCUUCAUGGUGUUUGCAAAGCAAGCUGUCAUCUCUCUCUGGAUCAAACAAAACAAAGAAAAAAGACCAACGACCAUUUAAUUUUCUCUGUUGUGUCUCAUUUCAUUCUGCAUUUAAAGUCUGUUGCCAGCUGUUGUGGCAUCCAGCUUGGGAAUAAACAAUUACAACACGUCAAACAGAACAAACCUCAGCUGUUCCUAAAGAAGUGGAUUUCUUGUAACUUUUUUGUGUGUGUCUAAGAAGGGUACACCUUACACACCACGGAGGGCAAAGGUCACUCAGCCGGCAAGGAGCUUCUCUUCACGCCUGGGCCUUAAGAAUCAGCCAAGACGCCGCGUGCCGUGCUCCGCGUGAAAAAUGCUCAGGCGCGGUUGGCGAAGCCGUCGCCCGAGCCGGCCCCUGCCCCGGGGCUGUACAUGGAGCGCUCUCAGAGCCGCAUCAGCCUCUCCGCCUCGUUCGAAGCCCUGGCCAUCUACUUCCCCUGCAUGAACUCCUUCGACGAGGACGAUGUCGAUGGCGAGGGGCGGAAGGUGAAGGGCACGAUCCAGCGCAGCACGGAGACGGGGCUGGCCGUGGAGAUGCCCAGCCGCACGGUGAGGCAGGCCAGCCAUGAGUCCAUCGAGGACAGCAUGAACAGCUACGGCUCCGAGGGCAAUCUGAACUACAGUGGUAUGUGUCUGGCCUCAGACGCUCAGUUCAGUGACUUCCUGGAUGGGAUGGGCCCAGCGCAGUUCGUGGGGCGGCAGACGCUGGCCACACCUUCCAUGGGGGAUGUGGAGAUCGGGCUGCUGGAGAGGAAUGGCCAGCUGGAGGUGGAGAUCAUUCAGGCCAGGGGGCUCACGCUGAAGGCAGGGUCCAAAACCCCCCCAGCUGCAUACAUAAAAGUGUAUCUACUUGAAAACGGCAUCUGCAUCACCAAAAAAAAGACAAAGUCGGCGCGGAAAUCCCUGGACCCCCUGUACAACCAGGUGCUGGUCUUCUCCGAAAGUCCUCAGGGGAAAAUCGUUCAGGUGAUUGUGUGGGGGAACUACGGGCGCAUGGACCGCAAGUGCUUCAUGGGAAUGGCCCGCAUCCUGCUGGAGGAGCUGGACCUGUCCACCAUGGUGAUCGGCUGGUACAAGCUCUUCCCCACCUCCUCCAUGGUGGACCCCGCGAUGGCGCCGCUGAUCCGGCACUCCUCCCAGCUGUCGCUGGAGAGCACGGUGGGGCCCUGCUGCGACCGAUCCUAACACUGCCAGCGGGGGACUGUGUUUUUCGUGCGUCUCUUUCUGUGCCCGAGGCGCCCGCCUCCGGGCGCUGCAUGCAUGUCUCCAGGGCCCGGCUGCGAGGGGGGAGGGUGGGGGGGUGAGGCUGCUCUUUGGCGUCUGGCAGGGGAGACUUAACCGGAGCGGACCAGUGGACUCAGAAUCAUGACCAAGGAACUCUGGGAAACCCCAUGAUUCCACCUGCAGGCAAGGGCUGUCAUCACGUCCUGGGGUUCGACACGCAGGUUCUCUCCACCCUAUCUGAGCUGUUACCUCACAGUGUUGGAAUCAGUGGAGGAUCAAUAUAUUGUUUGACACGGGAGUGGUUUUGUUAACAACAGGAUGCAGAAUCUCUCACGGCGGAUUCUCUGUCACUUAGCGGGGUUGGAGUGCAGAUCGAGUACCUGGUACUGAAGGAACACAAACAAACCGAAUAGCAGAUAUCACUCAACGGUCAAGCAAAAAUCUUGUUGCACAUGGAUAUUAGUCGAGUGUCACACAAACAGCUUCAGAUGUUGGCAUUGUAUUUAUCUGAAACACAAAUUGGGUUCAAGAGGUCCUGCAAGUGAUCGCUGUUGACGCUUGACUCACUCGUGAGCUGCAUCCUUCACUGAGUUUCUACUCUGCCAAUCUACCAGCAAGUGUCUUGAAUCUUUGUGGCUUGUGCCAGUGUGAAUUGAAUAGAUUUGCUUCUUGAACUGAAAUCUUAAUAGUGUGUAUCACUCAAGAUAGAUAUUUGAGCAGUAGAGUUAGGUGCAGAGCGCUUUUAUAAUGAGUGAUUAUCCCAUUGGAUCAAUACGAAACAUUUUGUUCUUAGUUUAUACAAUGAUUUCUAGAACUGAAGAAAAAAAUUGUGCGUUUUAGUUCAUUUUCUUAUCAGACAACUGCUAAUAAUAUUGGUUGGAAUGAUUAGAGCACAGAGAAAUCCUGCAAAAAAAAAUCAUUUUUAGGGAUGAAAGACUGUGCACAAAAAUUUAACAAGAUUAGGUAAAUGAAUAAUUGAAAGUGAAUGAGUUAGUAUUUUAUUGCCAUGAAUGUUUAAAUCAUUGGUAGUCAGGGCUGAUCCAAAGUGUUUUUUAUCCUUUGGAACUGAUGAAGAGUGAUGUUUAGUGAAGAAAAAUGAAGUGUGUGAAACAGGAAGUAUUUUGGCACUGGUGGGUCUGCACAACUUUAGCACUAGGAAUCACUUUGGCAUGAAAAUUGUGUAUUUUAAUUAGGCAGAGUAGCAGUAGAAAAGCAUGAGGUGGUUAUUAGUAAGAGGGAACCAGCAGAAAUUUAGCUGGUGAAAAUAAGCCCUUUUUUUUUACUUGGUUUAGGGAACAAAUAUGUAGCAGCAAAUUACUCUAGUAGAUUUUUAGACGCAAUACUGCUCUAUACUGUGAGCCACACUGGAAACACACCAGACAAGAGAUGCAGUCGAACUCAUUGUUUUAGUUUAUCUUUGAGAAAAAUUCUGAAAGUAUUUUUAAAAUGCCAAAUAAAAAUCUCUUUGGAAUUGGUGAUCUCAGCAAAGUGGCACCCACAGACCAACUGCAUGUUUGAAUUCUGAUCAUUUCUCCGCAUUUUGAAAAUGUCUGAAGCCAUUUAUGUGUUUCAGUAACAUGCUUAAAACUGAAACUUCAUUUGAGUGCACUUAUUUUUAUUUUUAAUAAAAUACAAUAUUGCAGAUUUGCAUAUAUUAACAAAGCUCAUGAUGAAAUGUCGUAAAUCAAAUUCAUGUUAAAUGUGUUGCUGUUUUGUGCAGACAGAUUGUAAUGAGCUUAUUGCUCUGUGUUCUAGGCAGGAUUAUGUUUGACAUGUGACAUAUGUAACAACAUAAUUACAAUAGUAAUUAUACAUGUAUCAGGAAUACACAUCAGACACUUCAAAAUAAAGAUACAUUCUUUCUUUGAAAUUGAGUCUUCACAGCCAAACACAAGAAUUUCAAGAAUCUCCCUUCUGAAACUUCAAUGUUAAAUGGCUUAUAAAUAUAAAGUUGUUCUAAAACAAAUACAGAUAAAAAACUAAACAGUAUGUAGCAUUUCUAUAUAUAUCCAUUUUCAGAUUUGCCAAAGGUUUUGUACAGAUAGAACACAGAAAGAAGCAUCUCUCUCAGUACAACAUCACAGUUCAUGUAAUAAUAUACUGUGUUGUGUAAACGAUCUGCGCUGAAACUCGAACAGAAUGCUUUGUGAAUUUAAUGUACUGUAUUUAAGAGUGUUUUAUUUGUACCUUCAUGUGUUCGGAGCUUAUUUUCUUUUCUUUGAAAGCAAUAAGUUUUAGUGCCCUGUUGGAACCAGCAGGCGUCCAGCUGUCUGCCUGUUCUGAGUUAUGCCACACGGAGCUGUGUAGGGCAGACUGCUCGACUGCUUGAGGAGGAAGCACACCAGUGUCACCAUGUACCUGAUACAUACAGCACGUUACGAAAACCUGUCAAUGACAAACACAGAAAGACAUUUUCUAAAUACUACAUGCGGUACACUUGCUAGCUUUGAAUGAAAUAUUAUACGUAUUAAUAAGAUAUAGGGAAAUACAACAUUUCCAAAUAAUACACUGUAAUAUAGCGGAAAUAUAAGGGAAGAUCUCAAUGUACUGUAUGUUUACUGUAGUGUUCAGGCUUGGUAAUGUAACUUCCAGAUUUCUAUAUGGUCUUAAAAAAUGGAUUUCCUAAGGGGUCAAGUAGCCCCUUUCCUGUUAUUUAAUACCAGUUUGAAGCACACUGAUGUUGCCCCGUCCCUUCUAGAGAAACAAUGCAAAUAAAGACAAGAUAUAAAGAGUAGUGCUAGAGAAAUUCUCUCUGCAGAAAUGUAGUAAAUGACUGUCUGUAAAUUCCACGUGUUUAGGUUUAAAUUCUCUGUUGCAGAUGACUGAGAGAUGUUUACAGUAUGUGUUAUUAAAAUCUGUUAGUUCAGUGCUAUUUUCUAAGUAUAACAAAAUAACUCAUUUUAAGUGCAUCGUAUUGUAAAAUGCAUUGUUUAAUGUUUGCUCUCAAUACUUGAUUGUUAGAAACUAGAAUAGGAAUUUACUGGAAUUUCCACGUGUUUGGUUUACCUUUGACUACCUUUCACUUAGCUACCUGUUUAACUACCGGAUGAUCAACAGGGGCUUUACAGCCUCCCUCUCGCUUGCAGCCUUCCUUCUGAUUGGAUGGUGCCACAGACUGGGUUUUGUUUUCAAUCACUAGGAAUCUUUUAAGGAGCAGCUAAUUUGGACUUUUACCCCAAAUUUCAACUUCAACUCCAAGGCAACACCUUUUUAACAUAUUCAUUUACAAUUUUGUUAUCAGAAUGUCCCAUUAAAUGAAGUGGGCCGAAGCAACAUUUCGCCGUUGCCUCACACACGGAUGCGUUUUGACAACACCAUUGUAAACAAAUGUACUGAAGUGCAAACAAUUGCUUUUUUAAACUAUUGUUAAGUCAAGUCUGCGUUAACAAAGGUUUUCAAACACUGCUCUGUCACCUCAGCACCUGAGUGUAUAGGAGAUCUGCAGUCACGCCUUUCACCAUGAGUUAUGCUUACACAGAAACCUGCUUGUACAUGUAUUUUGUCAGUAUUCUACAAAGGUUUGAUGAAGGGUAAUUUAGCAUGAGAAAAUCAUACUGAAAAGGAGGUUUUUGUCAAAAUUAUUUAUACCCUUUGAAUGUAUUUCAAUUGACUGACCUCAUUUUAAAAAAAAGCAUGGACUAUUUAAACCUCAAUCUUUUGAAAGUAGAUUUGAAAGAGAAAUGUUAAUGUUGGAAAUAUUUUAACAAUACAUAAUAUAGCUAGUUCUAAAUUCUGUCUCCUGUUUGUUUAUUAGACUCAGAUAUAUUUUAUCUUCUCUCAGAAAAUUAAAGAGAAAGUGUUUUGAGACUUGUUUUAGAUGUUGUUGAAAUGAAUCUGGCUGUUUUAUGAUUGAUAUGCCUGUUUUUUUACCCAUCAAACAACAUCAUUGAAUGAAAAAAGAGGUUCUUUAUCAGAAUGGAGGAGUUUUAACAAUGUAACAUUUUUGAUAAUAAGCGAUUUCAUCAAACUGAUUAACGAUUAGCCUGAAGGUGGUUGGCCAGAGAGUAUUGGAUUUGUUUGAACUUCAGGCUAAUGGACUGAAGUUUAUUUUUUAGCAUUUGAAAGCACUGUUAAUGCAGUACAAUAAGUCUUCACUUAACAGAGGCCUCAGCUAUUGUUAAAAGUGGAUUGGCCAAGGAUGAAGCAAGCUGUCCAUUCUGGACUGCUCUUUAAUUAUGAGUCAAUCACAUAAGAUAAACAAUAUAUUAUGAAUGAACAUAUAUAUAUAUACCUGUAACUGGGAGUGCCCCACUGUAGAAAACCACUUGCUCUAAUCCGCACAGGAGUCCAAAACAGAUGUUUUUAUUUUUAUUAAAUGAAUGAAUCUAAAAAAAAUGAACUGCAAAUAGUGCGGAGAAGGUUCAGUAGUUGCAAGAAAGAUCCACUUUCUUUUCUGAAAAUUGCCCCUCCGUGUUUACUCUGUUCACGUGCCCUGGGUGGCCACUGUAAUCGAGGGCCUCCUGUCGCGUAGAACCGGCAGGGAAAAGGCUCUGUCCGUGACCAGUAUUAGGGGUCUUGGGGUCCCCAACAAAGCCACCUUCCUGCUGAAAUGUACAUAUCAGUCGCGCCUGCGGGCGUGAAACUGGCCACAGCGCUUUCAGCGCCCUCGGCCUGACAGAGCCGUGGGCGGCAACAAAGUUUUAUCUUUUCUUUUUUUCCACACAGAUGUAUUAAGAAUAAUUUAUUAUGUGUAGAUUUUAAUUAUUUACAAUGAUGUUGCAGUUGAAUAAUGCACAAUUUGGUGUCGUUGUUAAACUAUUACAACUGUUAAUAAAAAAGGUUGAUUGAUCCCA